AUGAAAGGUUCAAUUAAUUUACAUUCACAUACAAUUGAUUUAUCUACAUUGGAAGAGUUAAGAGACCCAAACUUGAUAAGUAGAUAUCCGCCAUUAUUUCAAAGGAAACAGAAUUUGAUUGCCUUGGAUAAUUCAAUCAAAUCAAUCAAGAGGUCUAAAACUGUAUCAACCCCAACAACAAGUAAUAGAACCAACAACUUAACACCUAUAGUUUCAGCACCUAUUUCAAAUUAUUAUCAAAUACAGUCCUCCUCAUAUAGUUUACCUAGAAGACCUUGUGUGGAAUCGAAGAAAUCAAAUUUUAAUAAAAAGCAUCGGUUCGCUAAAUUUUGGAAGAAUAUAUCGGCAAAAUCAAAUAAAAUGUCACGACAUGAAUGUUUGAUGCAAUCAAUUAGUAAACCAAUGGAUCAUUGUUCUCGGCAACAACAACAACAACAACAACAACCAGCUCUUAGUCCUGAUACAUGUGGUUCUGUAUUUUUGAAUAGUCUAUACCCCUCAAAAUCAAGAAACAUAAUUGAAAUAAAACCAGAUAAUGAUGGAAGAGGUUAUGAUAUAAACAAUAAUAGGAAUGGCAACAGCAAUGAUAGUAGCAUUAACAAUUUGAAUUAUCAUGAUAGUGAAUUUGAUUUAUCUAGAAGAAACACCUAUAUAUCACAAAUGAAAUUUCAACCAAUGUCUCCACCACAAGAAUUAUCAGCUGUUAAUUCCAUUGUUAUUCCUCCUGUUGGUGGAAGCAAUCAAAUUAAUAAUCCUGAAGAAUUUGCUAGUCCCAUAAUUCAUCCAAAUAUCCACCUAGAACAACAACAACAACAACAACAACAUGAACAAGAAUUGCCAAAGAAUAAUUUCAUAAAAAAAUACAAACAUGAUCGUACUUUGAAUACUGGACAUACAAGAAUCCCUCAUCAAUCAACAAUUUCAUUUGCAAAAUAUGAUUUGAUGAAUUUAGAUACUAAUGCAAUGUCUCCUAUUGAAACUCCGGAUGAUGAUGAUGAAGAUGAGUUGAUUACACUUAAUCGAGGAGAUUUCAUAUUACCCAAUUCAUCAUUUUUCAUUCCUACAACAACUACAUCCAUAGUUAAUAGUGAUACUGAAUCUUAUGAAAGUUAUUAUAGUUUUUCAAAAUCUCCAGAAACAACAACAACAAAUAAUAAUAAUAAUAAUAACCGUCAUUCCAUGUCAACAAUCAUUAGAGGAGAACAUGUAAGAUGUUGA